AUGUCAAAGCUAGCUCAACUCUUCGUAGUAAUAGUGAUUUGGGCCAGCAUCGUCACUCCACUAUCCUCACAGGGACCGCCCCCAGCUCCGCCAAAAGCCGAAGACCCUAAGAAACCCAUCCCUCAAGGGAAAAACUUCGUAAUCAAAGUAGGGGGUGAUGAUGGGGCCAAGGUUUUCAAUCCACCGACAGUCCGAGUAAAUGUUGGGGAUACGGUCACAUUUGAAUACCAUCCGAAGAAUCAUACCGUCUCACAGUCAACUUUCGAGAACCCUUGUGAAGUCCCAAUCGGACCAACAGGACCUGGAUUCAACACAGAGACGCAAAGCGUUGAGCUCAAGACAGCAAACAGCAAUCUUCCGCGAUGGACAAUACAAAUUUUGUUACCGGACCCGAUAUGGUUCCACUGCCUGCCUCAUUGCGGAGCUGGAAUGGUUGGAGCUAUCAAUCCGCCUACUUCUGGAGAUCAAACCUUUGAAAAAUAUGUCGAGAACGCCAAAAGGACAGGGGGAAAGGCCAAAAACCUGCGAGCUGGCGCCGGUGCCGGCGAGCAGCCUCCGGCUAGACCGCCGAUUGCGGCGUCUGCGGCUAAAGCAGGAGAUGCAGCUAGAGCAGGAGACAAGUCUGCGCCUGGUUCUUUCAAGGCCGGAGGACAAGACGGGACAUUGAAACAAGGUCCGACAAGAACGGCAGAUGAAGUGGCCGCAAUCAGCGCAAACUCAGCAUCAGUUGACGGAAAAGAUGCAAGUACUUUGGCUUCAAAAGGGAAAGACCCGGGGGCAGGUGCCGCUUCUAUGAUGAUGGAGAGAAGGAAGGCAGCUAUUGCUUCACUCUCACUUUCUUUGAUAGUCCCAGGUGUCUUAAACACUAUUUAUUGA